AUGGCAAAUAUCUCAGUUAAGAAGCUGAGCCUAGUUGAUGGAGCCGAAGAGCUCGACUUGCCAGAUGAGGCCGCGGUGAUUCUCGAUGAUCUACGUAAUGAGAUCCGAGGGAUUACUCCGAUUGUAAAACAACAAGGAGUAAAGAUCCUCUACUCAUAUGGCACUCCCGAAUCGUGUGGGAAGCUCUCUUCCGCAAUUGGCCGCCACAAGGCCCAGGAAAUCAAAAAAAUUCUAUCUACUGUGCGAUUAAAGCCAAAAGACGCCAGGAUGCCCAAGCCGGAGAUUGUUAAAGUCGAAAGAAGCGGCGUCUACACCAGCCAAGACUUUGCCGGCCUGGCUGUUCUAAUUUCGGACCCAGUGGGAAUUGUUGUCAAAAUGGGGAGCAAGAGGGUCUCACAUGAGUGGGAGCCGGGGAAGAUUUUAUUGCUCAUGCCCGAUACGUCUUUGCAACCCAAAGAUAAGGAUGGGACGGGGAACUCGGAGGCGGAGGGGAAGGGGAUGGACAAGCCUCUAGAACUAAGUGAUUUCUUUUAUACUAUGAUCCCGGUUGAGUAUCAUCACCAGUAG